GAAAAUGGAUCAGAGAUUGGAAACAAACAAUCUCCUCUCCUUCCUUCCCUCAUCUCCUUCUUCUGAAAACCCUAAUCUCCUCCUCUCAUCUCUUUGCCUCUCUGUAUUGUCUCUCCUCUGUUUUUUUCUAUGAUAAAAUAACUACAAAAACCCACGUGAAUAACACCUUGUAAUAACGGGAAAAAGAAGGUUUCAGCUCAUCGAUUCUGAGUUUUUUUUUAACUUGGUCGGGAGAAGAGAGAGAGCAAAAACAAAAAUGGCGACAAAUGGUUGUGAUGUGAAUCAGAUUGAUUCCGAUUUGCUUUUGCCUCCACGGAAGCGAUUACUCGCCGGAUUCAAGAAACAGAACUCCAAUGGAUCUUCUUCCUCGUCUACUUCAUACUCGAACGGCUCCUCCUCUGCCUCCACCGUUGUGCGGACCCACCUCGACAAUCUGUUGACUUCCCAGCUCAACGACGACCAGAGUCGGUCUCCUGAGGAGCUAAAAGCAACCGCUGCUUUAGCCGUUAAGAUCGCAAAGGCUGCGAGAGCCGCAGCUAAUGAGAAAGCCAUCAUUGCUUCGAAGGCGGUGGCUGCAGCCAAGAGUGCGUUGGAACUGUUUGGUUCUUUUCCGGUGAUGAAGGAGAGGCCUUCGAGGAAGAACAAGCAGAAGAAACAUGUCCCCGUUCACGUUCUGUAUUCGAAAGAUGAGGAUUUAGCGCGUAGGUUGAACCGAGCUAUAAACAACUCCCCUAGAGUAUUGACCGGCCAUAGAAACAAGAAGCUAAAGAGUAUUGAUAGUGCAGUGAUUAGUAGUACUAUGUACGAUGGGAAUGAUGUUGCUGGUGUUGUGGAUUCAGACACCUCCACUGAUGAUGAAGUAGACAGAACAGGACUGAAACAGAAGUUGCUCUUAUGCAAUAAUACACUGAAGGAGAAAACAGGGGAAGGGAGUAGUAGCUCAUUGGGGAAAAGAAGAGGAAGAGUGAAGCUAAAGAAGUUACCUUUGAGCAUGUGUGCCUCUAAGGAUCAAGAAAACGGAAUCAUCAGCAACUCGCUGGCUCAGUCAGAUGGUUCUAAUGGUAGUGUGGCAAAGGUGAGAUCAUAGCAGGACUAUCAUGAAAGUGUUGGGAUCUUUAAGUCACAGGAGUGUGUGUGAAGCGGGGAACAAAGUUGUGUAGGUUCAUGUCAACUCUUUUUUACCUAAAAGAGGCAAAGUUAGUGCAGAAUCAGAAGCAUUGCUAUUUUCAGUAGAAUCCGAAUGUUUUUUCCUUUGUUCUGCUUUUUGGGUAAUGUGUUUGGAUUUAUGCUACUUGUAUAGUAUUUGCUAGAUACAUAGUAGAUUUUAUAUAGUAUUUGUUGAUUGUUGAAUCAUUGUGAGUGUUUGUUGAGCCUAUGACUAUUUGUUGGGAUUUGAAACUGAGAGUCGAAUUUAAUAAAGGUGAUAACUUUAAAGUUUA